CAUAAUUUCUUAACAAAACUUCUCCAAUGGGGAUAUACACAUGCAACCUCUACUUUGAUUUGGUUUACCUUUAUUACUUACACUUGUAGUCUGCUCCUUGCUGUUGCGAUUGCCUCUAAUGAACAUGAACCAAACGUUUAUAUCGCAUACAUGGGAGGCCGCCCAAAGGGUGAAUUCUCUGCUUCAACCCUUCACAGUAGCAUUCUUCAAGAAGUUUAUAUCGCAUACAUGGGAGGCCGCCCAAAGGGUGAAUUCUCUGCUUCAACCCUUCACAGUAGCAUUCUUCAAGAAAGGGAAGACGUUGUGUCUGUGUUCCCUAACAGAAAGAUGCAGCUUCAAACGACAAGAUCAUGGGAUUUCAUGGGUUUCUCCAAACAGGUUAAAAGGUCGACUCUUGAGGGUGACAUCAUUGUGGGUGUGUUUGAUACAGGGAUAUGGCCGAAAUCGAAAAGUUUCAGCGAUGAAAACUUGGGUCCACCUCCAAAAAUAUGGAAGGGAAAAUGCCAAAAAUCAUCCAAUUUCACCUGCAACAAUACUAAUCGGUCUGACAGCAGUUCCCUUGAAGUUCUUUCCCCAUUGGAUACGGAUGGUCAUGGGUCACAAGCUGCCUCCAUCGCAGCCGGUGCCAUUGUUGAAGGCGCGAACAUGCUGGGGCUUGGCUUAGGGGACGCUCGCGGAGGGGUUCCUGGAGCCCGCCGUGCUGUGUACAAGAUUUGUUGGAUCGAUGGAUGUUCCAACCCCGAUUCUUGCGAUUAUUUCACUGAUCCCCUCGCAAUCGGAUCAUUUCACGCCAUGAAACAUGGUAUACUGACAUCAACUGCUGCUGGUAACUACGGGCCUACAUAUGGAUCAGUUUCAAGUGUUGCUCCUUGGACUCUUUCUGUGGCUGCCAGUACCAUAGAUAGGAAAUUUGUGACUAAAGUAAAGUUGGGUAAUGGAGAGAUUUAUAAGGCAGGAGAUGCAGGUUUGAAAGGGGUUGAUGCUAGGAAUUGUUACCCCGACAACUUGGACAAGAAGAAGGUAAAGGGGAAAAUUGUUUUGUGUAAAGACAUGAAUGCUGGGAUAGGGCUAGUAGAAGCUGAAGCGGCUGGUAUGGUAAUGCAAAAUGGAAGUUUUGAUGAUGUAGCCUACGACUACUUCUUGCCAGCUUCCUAUUUGAGCAACGGAAGUGCACUUUUCAACUACUUGAAAGGGACGAAGAAACCAACAGCAAAGAUAUUCAAGAGUAAUGAAGAAAAGGAUAGAUUCACCCCCUCUGUUGCUUCAUUUUCAUCAAGGGGACCAAAUCUUAUGACCCACGACAUUCUUAAGGUAACAAACGUAGGAUCAGCUGUGUCCACUUAUAAGGCACUGGUGAAUGCCCCAAAAGGGCUUACAAUCAAGGUUACACCCAAUACCCUUUCUUUCAUCUCUUGGCUUUGUGAUUUUCAUGCGGAAAUGAAAUCCUUUGUGGUGAAUGUUACUGUAAUAGUUGCGGCAACUACUCCUGUUAUCUCUAGUUCUUUGACUUGGGAUGAUGGGGUGCAUCGAGUCAGAAGCCCUGUUGUUGGAUAUCGUCUUCAGAAUUGAUUACCAACAUUAAUUUAAUGAAAUAAUUAAUAUGCUAGUGAACUCACCAAAUUUCUUUGUUUCCUUUGGUCAUAAGAAAUAAAUUUUUUUGCACGGUGUUACUUUUAUAUGGUAUAUUUGCAAUUAAUUUUUUUUUUUCUACUUUAUGCCAUGUAAUUCUAAUAAAGUUUUAGUAACCUU